UCGACACAGCAGUGCAGUGCAGGACGACUCGCCCCUGCUUGAAUUCUCUGCGAGAGAGGCGACAUCAAGCGUUUAAAAGGCCAACAAGGCAGUAAUUUUGGUCGUGACAGAAGAGGCAGUGAUUCUCUCUGUCUCCUCUACACCCACUCUCAUCAGCACAGCCAUCAUUCCGGCUUGUUCCGCUCAAGGACAGUAGAAAGAGAGUGCGCGCGCGAGAGAGAUAGAUAGAGAGAGAGCGGAAGAGAAGAGAGGAAAGAGGAACAGAGCAGUCCGCCUCGCCAACGGGAGUCGCCAGAUAAUUUUCUGAGCUGGGCCUGGAAAACCAAAGUUACCCGAAAACAUAAGAGAUCAUGAAGAGCUUACUUCUCAAUAUUCUCAUUAUUUGCUACAUCCAUCAUUCCUUUACUCAAAGUGAUUCUGAGCUUAUUGUAACAACAAGAUUAGGUCGUGUCCAGGGUAUACGCUUGCCCCUCCCAGAUCGAAGCCAUGUUGUUGCCUUUCUGGGAAUUCCUUUUGCAGAACCUCCUGUAGGAAAAAAGCGCUUUAAACCAGCUGAGCCCAAAAAGCCGUGGAAUGAUGUGUUUGAAGCCACAGAUUAUCCCAAUGCUUGCUACCAGUACGUGGACACUUCAUAUCCUGGUUUUUCUGGCUCUGAAAUGUGGAACCCCAACAGGAUAAUGAGUGAGGAUUGCUUAUACCUAAACGUCUGGGUUCCUUCUUCCCCUCGGCCACACAACCUCACUGUUAUGGUGUGGAUAUAUGGCGGUGGCUUCUACAGUGGAUCUUCCUCACUAGAUGUCUAUGACGGUCGCUACCUGGCACAUUCUGAGAAGGUGGUGGUGGUCUCUAUGAACUAUCGAGUGGGUGCUUUUGGGUUCCUUGCCCUAAAUGGCUCCUCUGAGGCUCCUGGAAAUGUGGGACUGCUGGACCAGAGAAUGGCACUCCAAUGGGUCCAGGACAACAUUCACUUUUUUGGAGGCAAUCCUAAGCAGGUGACCAUUUUUGGGGAGAGUGCAGGUGGAGCCUCCGUUGGCAUGCAUCUUCUGUCUCCAGAGAGUCGGCCCAAAUUCACUCGUGCCAUUUUGCAAAGUGGUGUGCCAAAUAGCCCUUGGGCUACUGUUAGCUUUGAUGAGGCCCGUAGGAGGGCUACUAAAUUGGCCAGAUUGGUGGGCUGUUUUCAUGAUGAUGACACUGAGCUCAUUGACUGCCUUAGGAAUAAGCAUCCACAGGAGCUUAUUGACCAAGAGUUCAUGACACUCCCAUAUAGUAGCUUGUUCCGUUUUUCAUUUGUGCCUGUGGUUGAUAGUGUGGUGCUCCCUGAUACCCCUGAUGCCAUGUUAAGCUCAGGCAACUUCAAGGACACUCAAAUUCUUUUGGGUGUAAACCAGGAUGAAGGGGCGUAUUUCUUGGUUUAUGGUGCACCAGGUUUCAGCAAGGACAAUGACAGUCUGAUCUCAAGGGAGGACUUUAUACAAGGUGUUAGGAUGAGUGUUCCUCAUGCCAAUGAUAUUGGAUUGGAGGCAAUUAUUCUUCAAUACACAGACUGGAUGGAUGAAGACAACCCUCUGAAAAACCGUGACGCAAUGGAUGACAUUGUGGGAGACCAUAAUGUAAUCUGCCCUUUGCAGCACUUCGCAAGGUCCUAUGCUCAAUACAGUUCUAAUGCUGCCCAGCCUGGGACAGCAGGUCAAGGAAACUUUGGUUGGAGCAAUUCAGGCCCAGCAAGCAACAGUGGCCACUCACAAGUCGCUGUGUACCUCUACCUCUUUGACCAUCGGGCAUCUAACAUGGCCUGGCCCGAGUGGAUGGGUGUACUCCAUGGCUAUGAAAUUGAAUUUGUGUUUGGCCUGCCUUUGGAGAGGAAGCUUAACUACACUGCAGAAGAGGAGAAGCUCAGUCGGCGUAUGAUGAGAUACUGGGCUAAUUUUGCUCGCACUGGCAAUCCCAAUGUCAACGUUGAUGGAUCCAUAGAGAGCAGACGGCGAUGGCCCGUCUUCACAUCAACAGAGCAGAAGCAUGUAGGCCUAAACACAGACGCAAUGAAGGUGCACAAAGGGCUAAAAACACAGCUAUGUGCACUAUGGAACCGGUUUCUUCCACACCUCCUAAACAUAACUGACAACAUUGAUGAUGCUGAGCGGCAAUGGAAGGCAGAAUUCCACCGCUGGAGCUCCUACAUGAUGCAUUGGAAGAGCCAGUUUGACCACUACAGCAAACAGGAGCGUUGUACAGACCUGUAGAUAAGCCUACAGAGAAUGUGACGCAGCAAGUACGCAAGAAAAUAAAAGUUCAUAGAAGAGUGAUAACCAUGUUGCUCUAUAGUCUCAGGAGCCCUCUGAUAGAAUGUCAAUCGUUCUCUGAGCCACUGUAGAAUAUGCCCUUCAUUGAUUGGUUCCUCUGAAUAACUAGAAGAAAUAAUUUGGGAAGGUUACGGUUAUAAGCUCUGUAGAGUUUCAUUUGCCAACUGUAUAUUGUUCAGUACUGCAUAAUAUUGCAUUUAAAUACUAUUACUGUUGCCAUAGGCAGUUGUUUGACAGUGUUGCAUGUUAACUGCAGGAAGAGACUAUUAAAAGUUACAGUCAUGGUUGAGGAUGUACGAGAGAAAAUGUUUAUGGUGUGAUAUUACCUCUGAUAACUGUGUCCUUGUGUAGUAGUAUAACUGAUGCAUAGAUGCCCUCAUUCACUCUUGUCCUCAGGAUCCCACAUUUCUCUUUUUUUACUUAAGGGUUUGAUUUGCUUAAUCUAUAACUGCUGCUUAACCAUUUGUGCUUUUGUCAAUAUAACUUUCCUAUCAUGUCAGUUCUCUCCAAUGGUUAAACACUGUGGGGCCUAAGGUUAUGUGCAGUUGUUUGCUGUCUCUGUUUGGGUCCAGAUCAAUUCUAUAUAAUCAUAUAAUAUCAUAUAUAUAUGGGAAUAAUGAGCGAGCUCAGUCCAUGUGUUGGGGCUAUACUGCACUGAUGUGCUUGUUCUGACUUCUAUAAAUGUGUAUACUACUUUUGUGUAUUAUACUGAUAUGUAAAGCAUUGUCAUCUUGUUUGAUACAUCUAUUGCAUGCAUAAUGGUGCUCACAGCAUGUCACACCUCUAUUUAUGUGUGUUUAUGAGUGUGUGUAAGCUACAAAGUUACUGUGUAAAAGUAUAUUGAAACUGAGCGCCUCCAUGGGUUAGUAUCCAUUAUCUACUGUCUAUAUGUAGCACACCACUUGUGAAAGUCACCUCCACUUUCAUUAUAUUUGCCUGGGACACUUUGUGCAUGUGUGCAAGUCCUAAAGAGAGAGGUCUAUAACUACUGUCAUGCCUGUUUGCCAAAGAGUCAAUAACUCCCCCCACCCCAAUAAUGGCUCCCCUCCCUGUGGUAAAGAAUUUUCAUUACGGUAAUGGAAGGAGUGUAAUUUAGUUAGUGCUCAUUUGAAACGAUGGCCUGCUGUGUCAGCCAUCUUAAUCCCAACUCUGCCAUCACUUAACUUCUGCAUUUUGUGGAUGAUGCAGAAAAGCAGAGUAUUUAAAUGGUUGUGCUCAGAGAGCAGACAUGUACAAGAACCAGCUGAAGUUGAUACUCCACUCAUUCACAUGGUUUAGUAGGUCCUAUUUUCUUUUAAGUAUUUUGUUGCAUGCUUGCACUAUUUGAGAUGUAGAAGAUUACACUGUGUGUUUUCAGUUUGCUCAUAUCUGAUUUCAUUCUUAUGUACAAUAUUUAUUAUAUGCUUUAUUUUGCUAAUGUACCUUUUAUUCUUUGUUUUUAUCUAUCUCACUAUAUUUGUACAUUUUUAAGUGUAAUAGUUUGGGUGCGUUCUGUGAGUCACACGACUGAUUUACUCACACUUAUUUAUCUCCACAUCAAUUCUAAAACUGUGGAAGUGCAGGCCUGCCUGCAGGUAUUAUGAUUAGCUGUAAUUACUCUUAACCUCACAAGUUCACAAAGACAAGGGCAUUUUACCUUGAAAAGAUCUUAUAGUUAUAUUCAAACAAAUUAAUAAAAAUCAAAUUACUUUCAAAUGAGAACAGAUAAGUGAAAUGAAUGCAUGGUCCAGCAUUGUGGCUUGGGAACGUGCUUGUCUGUUGCUGCUCUUACAUCUUUUGCUCAAUGCCAUUUUGUCCUCAUCUGUUCUGUCUCGUGAAAAGACCUGUUCAUGUCCUAAUUCUCCUCCUUUACUGGACUCUGCUUAUACAUUUGACUGACAAUAAUCCAGUGCUGAUGUAUAUUAUAUUAUAUAAAUCUAUAUCUAUUAAAGACUAUUAGCCCUGAGAUUGAUGUUAGCAAUAAGAAUUUAUAAUCACAAUGGAAUAUAUUUGAACUGACUAUAAUGUCAUUGGUAAUAAUCAUGGCUAUGAUAUUGUAAUUGAUAAAUCACUAUAUCUAGCAUUUGUGAUUUUUUUGGGAUGGCUUUAAAGGUUUAUGUGCUGUUGCAGUCAGUCAUAUACUGUCAUUAAUGUGAACACUUGUGAACAUCGUGUGAUCAUUAUGUUCUAGAGUGAGUAUCAUCUGUGCAUCCUCAAAUUGACAGCUUUUUCACAUUGCACCCUCAUUGUUAUUUUGGUUCAAACAUUGCCCACUGUGCCAAACCUGUGUGGUGACAGCAUUGUGCUAAUACUCUGCAUGGUACUACUGCUGCCUCCUGGGCAUUGUAUCUAAAGUCCUCCAACAAAACCUCAUUAAAAAGUCUGAUUAAAACGAAA